AUGUAUUUCGCGCCGUCGCCAGAGCAUCCGUGUCCAGACCAUCUCCUCGACAACCGCACCAAGAGCUUCCAAGCGUCCAUCAACCUCGAUUUGGUAAAGGACCUGGCCCGCAGACACAAUGACGACAAGUUUUGCCGCAUAUCAGAAGCUGUCCAGCAUGGAUAUUACUUUUCCUGCAUAAGUGUCACGUUUCCCGACGAAGGUAAAGAGUGGGUGGUGCGUAUUCCGGUGCCGACGACUGUGGACAAGACGUGGGAAAUGAUUCAGAGUGAAGUGGCGACAACGAGGUAUAUCCAGCGUCACACCUCUAUUCCAGUUCCCACUGUCCACGCCUACGGAAAAGAUGAACGCUUGACCGACGACGACACCACCCUCCAGUCAUACAUUAUUACAGACCGAAUUAGUGGUAAUCCUCUUUCUUUGGAUGAUUUACUCGUUCUGAACCGAGAGAAGCGGGCAAGACUCUUUUCUCAGCUCGGUAAUGCACUUGCACAGCUGCAGGAGUUGACAUUUCCCACCACUGGCUCCUUGUAUCCCGAUGAAAAAGACGACACAAAAGUUCGCAUCGGCCCUUCUCUCUGCCAGUGGGAAGUCGACAUUUCCAACCGCGACGGCGUCAAACACGAGCGUCCUCCAUUAACCACUGCCUGGGACUCUAUCCACCUGCAUCUCGGUGCCCUCGCUCGCGGCCCUGCUUUGCGAAAGCUCUUUUACUCUGAGAAUGGCCGAGAACGUAUUACCCGCGAAAUGUUUGCGCUAGACGCCAUAACUCGUCACGUCGAGGACAAACGCCACACCUAUUGGCGGGAAGACGCCGGCUUCACACUGAACCACUCUGGCCUGUACUACCAAAACAUACUUAUAGACGGACAAGGCAACAUCCAGGGCAUCAUCAACUAG